AGCGUCCGGCACGCGAAGUCCCACAGGUGGCCCAGGAUUAGCAACAUGAAGCUCACGCACAAUCACAGCGUCAACCGAAAGGCCAUCGACGUCAAGCUUCGCCUCGCAUCAAAUCGAACGGAGGAGCAGCUGGGACAAGUGAAGCAGAUGUUAAGUCACGGGAUAUAGCCAAAAGAGGUGACAAAAGCAAUGAAGGCGUUGCACGAGGACAGCGACAUCGACAUCAACAAGCGCGCGGUGCAGAACGCGGCUGCCACUGUGCACGGGGCGGAGAAGCCGAGAGAUGCCGCCGAUGCGUACGAAGAGGUCAUGGCCGCGACGGCCGACGGCGGACUGUGCGAGAUCAAGAUGGAUGACAGCGGCCGCCUGACGCAUAUCUGGUGGCAAACGAGAGAGCAGGUGGUGCUUUGGAAUCGGUACGGUCACGUUGCGCUCUACGACGACACCGCCGUCAAGAACAGAUACCGGAUGCCCCUCGGUGUGCUCGCUGUCAUCGAUUCAGAGUAUCGGACGCGGAUCGUCGGCCAAAGCAUAACGGCGGACACCACAACGGACACUUUCCUGUGGAUGUUGAAGAGUGCGUUGGAGUCUCGCGGGGGGAAGCAGCCGGAUAUCUUCAUCCAGGACGCGGAUGCGGCGAUGACGGCGGCGGUGCGAGAGGUGUUCCCGGACGCGCUGGCGAGGCGCUGUUUAUGGCACCUCAACCAGAACAUCAUCAAGGCCCUCGCUAAAGUCCUUGGUGGGGAGAUGAAGACCGCCUUUCAUGGACGAGUUCAGGUGUGUGCGUCAGCAGCUGUCAUUGGCAAAGAACGGAAGUUCAACGCCCUCAUCGAAAAGCACCCGAAGGCGGAGAAGUACAUGCGAGUGGUAUAUGACGACCGCGCACGGUGGGUGGAAUAUGUGUCGCCCCUGGUGUUCUCCGUGGGUUUGUGGACGACAUCAAGUGUUGAAGGCCAAAACGCCCUCAUCAAGGAUAAGUGCAACUCGCGCUCCUCGCUUUUGGACGUGGCGACGUACUUUUCGGGCAUCAUCCGUUCCCAGAAGGAUGCCCCCAUGCUGCGUGACGCCAUCGACCAUCUGCCGCCUAAUCGGAUGGUGGCUCCACCAGCGACCGCUUUCAAAAAAAGUGUGCUCGAGUCCUGCGAGUUCUCCAUCGCGGGCUGGCCGCGGCGGUUCAUGGAGCAAGAGAUGACCGCGGCCAUCAUGUUUUGCCAGAUGGGUGGUGGGGAGGCGGAUGGACCAGAACGCGCCGCAGCUUUGGGGCGCACGUUCGAGUACAUCGAGGGCAAGCUUUGCGGCGUCAUCUACGUCUUCAGGAUUCACGAGCAGCGUGAUGGCAAAGCCUUCGACUACCUCAUCUUGCUCUUUUCCGACGGUAGCAAUCUCUGCCAGUGCCGCACACUCCAAACUCUCGGGCUAUUUUGUCGCCACGUGUGGGCGGCGAUGAUGCACAGCCCCCGAUUCAGAUUCCACGUAGGCCUCCUGCACGAGCACUGGCUGACGGAAAAGGCGAGGGGAACACCGCAGCAGGACUGGCCGGAUGUCGCCCGCCCUCGAUGGGUGGUAUCCAACCGCCACGCUGCGCGAGAAGUGGACGGGGCGGCGGGAGAGGGAGAGGGAGGGGGGUGGGGGGAUGCAGCGGGAGGUGGAAGUCUUUCGUUGGGAGCAGCCAGACGGUGCAGACGGUCCUGUUGGACUUGAAGGAGAAGGGGCCCACGGACCAGGAUAGACAAGUGUUGUACGCCGACGUAACGAAGAAGCUCGGGCAAGCCGCGAGUAUUUUGUCUGAUCGCUUUUCACCGAC